UUCGAAACAGUGUUUGAGACCCACACAGGUUCUGUCUUAACCCAAACUGGGUAUGGUGACCUAGAAAAAAUAAUAGCCCUUGUUUUGCCUGCCACACUGCUCUUUGGAGAACUCAGAGGCAAAACCAUUGUUGUUGCACUUGUUAGACCAUGGGACACAGAUGGAAAGGUAGCCUCAGAAGAGGUCGUGUUCUUCAAGUCUCAAAAAGCAAGGAUAAUUAUGGAUAUCAGGAGCUUAAGAGCUGUUGUAGGCCUAGUCAAGAUGUGA